AUGUUCUCUCAGAAAGUUGCUCAGCAGUCUCUGCGACGGCUUGCCGUCCAGCAGCCGAACCUCAUGCAGUCAAUGGUGAUGCGCGCUUCGCCCGCUUCCAUUGCGCUCGGCAACGUCCAGAAGAGAUCCGUCUCUUCCAACAACGAGGAAGCUACUCAGAUCCUGAUCAAGCAGCGCCUUAACCGCCCUGUCGCCCCUCACCUGUCUAUCUACAAGCCCCAGAUCGGCUGGAUCGGUUCCUCCCUCCACCGUAUCUCUGGUGUCGCCCUCUCCGGCACUCUCUACCUGUGGGCCGCCGCCUACCUCGCCUCCCCCACCUUCGGCUGGCACCUGGAGUCUGCCUCCAUGGUUGCUGCUAUGGGCGCUCUUCCCGUCGCCGCCAAGGUCCUGCUCAAGACCACCUUGGCCCUCCCCUUCACCUACCACGCCAUGAACGGUAUCCGUCACUUGACCUGGGAUCUGGGCCGUGCCCUGACCAACCCUGCCAUCAUUCGCUCUGGCUGGGCCGUCAUGGGCCUGAGCGUUACCAGUGCGGUUGCUCUUGCUUUGCUGUGA